AUGACGGAAAGAUUCGAUAACGCUGAUGAGCUGAUCAAAAUGUCCAUGGGAGGGUCUUCGUCCUCAAAACAACAAUGUAAAAUUUCGAUGUUGUGGAAUUGGUACACCAUCGAUACUUGUUUUAUUUCGCGGUCGUGGCGUAACGAUACUAGGGGUAAAUUUGCUGGGUCCUGUAUCGGUUGUUUCCUCCUAGUUUUCGUCGCUCAAUGGCUGAACAGAGUUUCCAGACAAUUUGACAUCGAAUUGGCCGAGAGAAGAAAAAUUAAGACUCUGGCACAGAUGUCUUCUAAGUACUCUGGGGACAUGGGUGGUUCGAGCUCGUCACUCUCUAAGGAAGAAACGGCUGAGUUGUCGAACUUAUUGCAAGAAUCUGACAUCAAGACCUCGUUCAAGGCCCUACUUGCAACGAUGUCUCACACAUGGUACGUUCGUCGCACCAGAGCCGCUUCUUCUGCUCUUCCGAAUUGUUGUGUUGCGGAACCCUUCGACGUCUAUCCAACCAUUCUGGACCACAUUUUGAGAGCAUUGAUUUUCACUUUACAAUGGGGUCUUUCCUACAUUAUCAUGCUUCUUUUCAUGUACUACAAUGGCUACAUUAUUAUCAGCUGCCUUUUGGGAGCUCUAUUCGGAAGAUUGUUUUUCAACUUUGAGCCUUUGGUAUCCUACGGUGGAGCCAACUCCGGUGUCAGUCUAAAUCACGAUAAAGAAGAGAAUGACAGGAAAUGCUGUAUGUAA